GGCCCCGUGGCAGUUGUCUGGGGCGGGUGUCACUUCCGGGUGCGGCGCUUCUGUUUCCGGGUGGCGCUCAGUCCCCGCCCCCCUCGUUAGCCGUCGCCUUCUCCCAGCUGCUUCCGGAACCGCCGGGAAGCGGGAGACUCCAAGAUGAGGCUCUACAGCCUAAGUGUCCUUUACAAAGGCGACCCCAAAGUGCAUUUACUGAAAGCUGCCUAUGACGUGUCCACUUUCAACUUCUUCCAGAGGUCCAGCGUGCAGGAAUUCAUGACCUUCACGAGCCAGCUGAUUGUGGAGCGCUCGGAGCUGGGCAGCAGAGCCUCCGUCAAGGAGCAAGAGUACCUCUGCCACGUGUAUGUCCGGAAUGACGGGCUGGCUGGAGUGGUGAUUGCAGAUAAUGAAUAUCCGCAGCGAGUUUGCUUCACCUUGCUGGACAAGGUGCUGGAUGAAUUCUCCAGGCAGGUCAGCAAAAUAGACUGGCCUUCAGGAUCCCCAGCAACAAUCAGCUACGCAGCCUUGGAUGGAUACCUCAGUAAAUACCAGAACCCCCGUGAUGCCGACCCGAUGACCCGAGUGCAGGCGGAGCUGGAUGAGACCAAAAUCAUCCUGCACAACACCAUGGAGUCGCUGCUGGAGCGAGGGGAGAAGCUAGAUGACUUGGUUUCCAAAUCAGAGGUGCUUGGUGCACAGUCCAAAGCCUUCUACAAAACUGCCCGAAAGCAGAAUUCCUGCUGUGAAAUCAUGUGACGCGGACCCUGGGGUCUCCUGCUCCGGACCACCAGGCCUUCGCUCCCCUUCGGACCUCAGCCAGGACAGAAAGCAGAAGCCCAGGGCAGGUUCCCAGGCCUGGGCUGUGCCGUGGGGGGCAGGGCUGGGCCUCCUCGGCUCUGCAGGCUUAUGUGACUGUUUCAUCUGGAGGGGAUGCCGAGCCUGGCAUUGGGCCGGCACCCCACGGGGUGGGGGGGAGCACCGGAGACCCGCUGCCCUUGCUUUUCCCCGAGGGUGGCUUGGACCAUGGGGCGCCCAGCCACACGCACUCCCCUGCCUUUACACCUGUAACACUAGCCAGUGCCUCGGCAUCCUGGCACUACUGGCCUGGGGGAGGCAGGGAGAGAGGAACCGGGGCUCCCGCCGCCAUGCCUGGGGCUGCCUGGGGAGCCGGGGUGGGUCUUUUAUGUAUUUGUGUCCUAAGAGUGAGCCCGGGGGGUGGGAGAGGGGGAGUGGGAAGGGAAGAAGAGGCGCUUUCCUCUGGUGGGGGAUGCUCGCUGCUGGAUUAUCACCCAUUGCCUCCCUGGGCAGCUUUUCCCAAUGGCGGUGAGCUGGAAGCUGUGCCCCCAGCGCCUACUCGCUGGCCUCCAUCCCCAGGGAAGGAGCAGGGCUGAGUGGGUGACAGGGAGGGGGCUGCCCCAGGGCCCUUUUUCUGGCCGCGGUGGAGGUGUGGGAAGGAGCCGAGUGGGGACAGGGCAGGCCUGGGCAGCCUGCGGCCCCCCUGCCUGGCUCCGUGGGUUGGGGGGGUCUGUCCCCCAUUGCCCUGGCCGGGGACUUGUCUGCGCCCCACCGUUCACCAGCUGCUGGGGGGAGAGGGAAGCUGGGGGCAAGCGCAGAAACCAGCCCCAGUGCUCGGGCUGCUGUGCUGGCAGGAGGGAGCAGGGCCGAGGGGCAGCUGGGGGGGCUCACCUGCCUUCCCUGUGGCUCAGAGACCCCCUCCCCUGCUCCCAUCAGCCUGGGGGGGGCUCGCUGGGGCGCCCAGCAGCCCUCGCUGCCUCCUCUUCCUCCUCCUUUGGAAGGGAAAAAGCUUUUGCUUGAGAUUGUAUCGUGAUCGGUGUUGCCUAUUGUUUCUGUGCUGCUGGCCACACCUGGCCGGUGGGAUAAAGUUGUCUUUGGCAGUUG